AGUUUGAAUUGUGCUGUCGAUCGGAUUGAUUGUAUGUGCUCUCUGAAAGGCAAUCAUCUAAAUUAAAACUCGCAUCAAUAUAUAAGUUAACGCAAUUACUGAUGCAUGUGCAUAUCCAUAUCAAAUAUUUCUGAAAAUACUUCAAUAGUAGAACAGAAAAUAUGAUAUUCAAAUAUACCGCAUCACAUUUGCUGCGCAUCUGCCUGAUUUCAUUGAGUUUCAGUGCAAAAUCAGUUUAUGGUGCUUGUGGCGCCACGAAGUUCGAGUGCGAUAAUGGCAGCUGCAUUUCACAGUUCGAGGUGUGCGACGGCGUCAAGAACUGUCCAGAUGGCACCGACGAGACGGGCAUUACUUGUGUGUCCCAGAGGGAGCACUGCUCUAAGCCCUUCUUCCAGUGCAGCUAUGGGGCAUGUGUGAUCGGCACGGCGAGCUGCAAUGGAGUCAAGGAGUGUGCCGAUGGCUCGGAUGAGACGUUGCUGCGAUGCGGCACCGAUGAUGACAUACGCGACUUCGAACGCCGCCUGCAAGGCAACUGUCAGAUCAAUGAGAUAAAAUGUCCCUCUAAAAUAUGCAUUGACAAAACCAAAUAUCUGUGCGAUGGAAAGGAUGAUUGCGGUGACGGCUAUGAUGAGUCCGUCACGCUGUGUGGACACCUUGAUUGUCCGGGCUAUUCCUUCAAGUGCGCCAAUGGCGCUUGCAUUUCCAAAACGCUAGCGUGCAACGGCAAGAAUGACUGCUUUGAUGGAACCGAUGAGGCACCACUACUGUGCAACACUACCUCAAGACCGGAGAAAGAUAUACCGCUUCCCGAGUCCAGAGAUCAGUUGGGCUGCCCAUUGCCGUAUAUAGAAGAGCGUCCCAUACUAAAGGAUAGAUCGGGCACCAUUCUGCAACCGCCCAUUGUCAGGGCAACCGUCUACUUUUCCUGCCAUCCCGGCCACUUCCUCGAAGGACCCGAGAGCAGCCACUGCGCUAAUCGCCAAUGGAGUCUGCACAUUGUGCCCAAGUGCGUGAAAUACUGUGAUGCCUUGAGGGACUCGAGUGGCCACUCUGCGGAUCUGUUUAACGGCUAUUCGACUAGACCCACUUGUGUUUUCAAUGGCCAGCAGGUGAAUUGUGCAGAACGAUAUCAUCCACCUGGCACCGAGGUCACGUUCGUGUGCGCCACCGGCUUCCAGACGCUGCAGACCAGUCUGCCGAGCAUCAAGUGCCUGUCCAGUGGAUAUUGGAGUCGCGACCGCGUGCGCUGCGAUCAGGAAUGUGGCCAGAUAGCAACACCCCUUAAGCAGUUCUCGGCAUUUGGUUACUCCGUCAACAACACUGCGGUUCCCUGGCACGUCGGCAUCUACGUGAAUCACACCGAGCUCAACUACAACUUCGUCUGCGGGGGAACUCUCCUCACACCGGAUGUGGUCAUCACGGCUGCCCAUUGUGUCUACAGCGAUGUGUCCUCGCAAGUUUAUAGCGUUAACACGUUUCUCGUGGUUGCCGCCAAGUUGUACAGGAACUAUAAUGAUCGCACCAAUGAGGAUCGCAUGCAAGAAGUUCAGGACAUCAUUGUGCCACCUCACUACAAGGGGCGUGAGGAUAACUACUUGAACGAUUUAGCGCUGAUCAUACUGAAGAAGCCCUACGAUCUGAGCAACGUGAUACGGCCGAUUUGUGUGGCCUUCUCCAAUUAUGCGGAGAGGGAGAAAAUCAACAAUGCCGUGGUCGGCAAAUUCGCCGGCUGGAACUUUGAGGAUAAGCGCGAAUUGCAGUUUGUGUUAGCCACAUCGAAAGCGAACUACGAGUGCGCUGCAACUCUGAAGGACAUUAGCUCCGAUAAGUUCUGCAUGUACCCGACGGGAAAGGCCUUGGCCUGCCAAGGGGACAGUGGUGGGGGAUUCACGGCCGAGCGCGGGACCUCAUCUGGGAAUGCGGUGCGGCACUUCCUAUAUGGCGUGAUUAGCAGUGCUCCGAACGCGGGCCAAUGUGCCCACAGCUUGAUAACUCUUACCAAUAUACAAUAUUUUGACGUAAUGAUCAAGGAUGCCAUGAAACAAAGUGUAUUUAGAUCUUAACUUACUUUAAAUAUUUGAAUAGAAGACAAUUAUUUGUGGACGGGACAAGUGAAUAUAUAUAUUUACCUCCAAUUACUUAUACAUAUAAAAUAGAUAUGAUACAUACAAAAUAGAUGUUAAAGAACAGUCAUACAAUUGCAUAUGCCAUAUGAA